CGGAUAGGUGGCCCUGCCGAGCGACUCUGCACCCGCGGAGCAUUUGUCAUAUCCGGAGUAAAAUGGCCGCAGUGCGAGUAAUGAGGACCUGGAGCCAGAAUGCUGGAAGGCUGAUUUGUGCUCGCUACUUUCAGACAUGUAAUAAUGUUCAUGUUUUGAAGCCAAAAUAUGUGUGUUUCUUUGGUUAUCCUUCAUUCAAGUAUAGUCAUCCACAUCAGUUGCUGAAAACAAGUGCUGCUCUACAUGGACAGAUCGUUCAGUUCAAACUCUCCGACAUUGGAGAAGGGAUUAGAGAAGUAACUGUUAAAGAAUGGUAUGUAAAAGAAGGAGAUACAGUGUCUCAGUUUGAUAGCAUCUGUGAAGUUCAAAGUGAUAAAGCUUCUGUUACUAUCACUAGUCGUUAUGAUGGAGUCAUUAAAAAACUGUAUUAUAAUCUAGACGAUAUUGCCUAUGUGGGGAAGCCUUUAGUAGACAUAGAAACGGAAGCUUUAAAAGAUUCAGAAGAAGAUGUUGUUGAAACUCCUGCUGUGCCCCAUGAUGAACACACACACCAAGAGAUAAAGGGCCAGAAAACUCUGGCAACUCCUGCAGUUCGCCGCCUUGCAAUGGAAAACAAUAUUAAGCUGAGUGAAGUUGUUGGCUCAGGAAAAGAUGGCAGAAUACUUAAAGAAGAUAUUCUCAACUAUUUGGAAAAGCAGACAGGAGCUAUAUUACCUCCUUCACCAAAAGCUGAAAUUAUGCCACCUCCACCAACACCAAAAGACAGGACGACACCUAUACCAAUAUCAAAACCUCUGGUCUUCACAGGCAAAGACAGAACAGAACCCAUAAAAGGCUUUCACAAAACGAUGGUCAAAACUAUGUCUGCAGCCCUGAAGAUUCCUCACUUUGGGUAUUGUGAUGAGGUUGAUCUUACUGAACUGGUUAAGCUGCGAGAAGAACUAAAACCCAUUGCUUUUGCUCGUGGAGUUAAACUCUCCUUCAUGCCAUUUUUCUUAAAGGCUGCUUCCUUGGGAUUACUACAGUUCCCUAUCCUUAAUGCCUCUGUGGAUGAAAGCUGCCAAAACAUAACAUAUAAGGCUUCUCAUAACAUUGGGAUAGCAAUGGAUACUGAGCAGGGGUUGCUCGUCCCUAAUGUGAAAAACGUUCAGAUCUGUUCCGUAUUUGAGAUUGCCAGUGAAUUGAACCGCCUCCAGAAAUUGGGCUCUUUGGGUCAGCUCGGUACCACUGAUCUCACAGGAGGAACGUUUACUCUGUCCAACAUUGGAUCAAUUGGUGGUACCUAUGCCAAACCAAUAAUACUGCCGCCUGAAGUAGCAAUUGGGGCUGUUGGAUCAAUUAAGGCCCUUCCCCGAUUUAAUGAGAAAGGAGAAGUAUAUAAGGCACGGAUAAUGAAUGUGAGCUGGUCAGCCGAUCACAGAAUUAUUGAUGGUGCUACAAUGUCACGCUUCUCUAAUUUGUGGAAAUCUUACUUAGAAAACCCAGCUUUUAUGCUACUAGAUCUGAAAUGAUGAUUGAUAAGACAUCUUUGAGCUUUUUGAGCUUCCAAAGAAUAUGUGGAACCAGCUGUGCCAGCACAUGUCCUCCAUUACAAUUUGUAUUAUAAAUGAUUUGUAUUGUAUAAUUAAGGUUUUAAGGCACAAUAUUUAUCACUAAUCUGUUAGAUUUUUUACUGAAAAUGAAUAAUAGUGGGAUAGGUCUCCUGGGGCUGUCACAUUUUAUAGGUCAUAGUUUGACUUCUUAAUAUGGUACUGAGGUCUUUGUGUCAAAGGAUUGAAACUGGCAAGAACAACCAAAUUAAUAUCACUAAAAGACAGAUAGCCAUAUACAGUAUUUGCUCUUUUUUUCUUUCUUUCUUUUAAAUUGACUCUUUUUUCCUUUUUUUUCAUUUUUCUUUUUGGUGAGGAAGAUUGGCCCUAAGCUAACAUCUGUUGCCGAUCUUCUUCUUUUUUUUUUUCUCACCAAAGCCUCAGUACAUAGUUGUAUACUCUAGUUGUAGGUCAUUCUAGUUCUUCUAUGUGGGAUGCCACCACAGCAUGGCUUGAUGAGCAGUGUGUAGGUCUGUGCCCAGGAUCUGAACCUGCAAACCCCAGGCCGCCAAAGCAGAGCAUGUGGACUUCACCAGUCUGCCACAGGGCUGGCCCCCUAAAUUGACUCUUAAUGAAACGUUUCAAUUACACUUAGUUGGGAAAAGGAAUUUAUAUAUAAAAAUAUUUUCCAUUUCCCCACAAUAACGCUAAUUGUUGUAUAAAAUAAGUGCAAUUACGCUCAGCUUUUAAGAUAUCCAGGAGUAUGUGGCUCUGUAGAGAUUAUCAUCUGUAAAUGUCUUAUUUAUAUAAAUUAAUAUCUUUUAAAGGGGAAAAUUAUAAGCAGAUCUUAAAAAUGCCCAAUUAUAGUUUUAUAACCAGUAAGGCUAUUAAAGGUGUUUGUUUAAAAUGGAUAUACUUUUAGAAUGUUAGUGUCUUGAUAGGGAAAAAAACUUCAUCUUUGCAAACUUGCUUCAUGUAAGGAAGGUACUUUAAAUGUAGCAGCCACUGACUUACAUUCAGGAAUCCACUGCCUUUUAACUUUUUAGACUGUAAGCUAAAAACUAGGAGGGGAGAAAAAAUUAAGGUCUAUUCCAUUCUCCACAUCCUAAGUUGGAAUGUAAAUAGGAGGAGAGACAGGAGUCUAAUCAGUAAUUAUGGACAUUAUAAUAAAAUAAAUUUUAUACAGAAAUGAAGGUAUCAGCGUGAUCAUUUUGUUAGAGGCCCACUUUAAUCAGAAAUAGUAUCAAAAUUAAUAUAUUCCAACAUUUUGAUUUGCAUAUGGAAAUUAGGUUGUUUCUAAUAUUGUCUGUUUGAAAACUGUAUGUUCAAGUGAAGUUUAAUGACUGAAAAAAAAGUGUUUUAAUGUCUGCUUGAUUGUUUUCAAAAUGGAAAUAGUAUUUAAAUGAGAAAAUAAUGGAUCAAAUGAAUGUGAUUUUCAAAGUUCAGAUAAUAUGGAGAGUUACAAAGAAAAGAAAAUCCUCUAUAAUCCUACCACUAUGAAUAUUUUGAUCAAUGUAUCUGUAUACAUAGCUAUUCUUUUUAUAAAAAUGAGCUCAUACUAUAGCUACUAUUUUAUAAUUUGUUGUUUUUAAUUUAACAUUAUAUUAUGGGUAAGUUUACAUGUCAAUAAACAAUACCACACUAUCAUACUUUAAAA